AAGCCGGAAGCGGCUGCAGUCGGAGGAACCCGGUGAGCGAUCUAGUGCUGGUCGGCCGGGGGAUGGCUCGGGCAGCGGUGCUGGAGCGGCGCAGCGGGUGGCCAUCGCGGUGGCUGCGGGCGCUGCUGCUGCUGCAACUGCUGCGGUGGAGGUACGCCCUGGGCGCGCUCCCUUUCGGCAGCAGUCGCCACCCGGGCUUUGCGGACCUCCUGUCGGAGCCGCAGCUGUUGGAGGUGCAGGACUUGACCCUGUCUCUGCUGCAGGGUGGCGGUCUCGGGCCGCUGUCGCUGCUGCCCCCCGACCUGCCGGAUCUGGAGCCAGAGUGCCGGGAGCUGCUGAUGGACUUCGCCAAUAGCAGCGCCGAGCUGACCGGGUGUCUGGUGCGCAGCGCUCGGCCCGUGCGCCUCUGCCAGACCUGCUACCCGCUCUUCCAACAGGUCGCCAGCAAGAUGGACAACAUCAACCGAAACAUCGGGAACUCCUCAGAGAGCCCGAACUGUGCCAGAAGUCUCCUGAUGGCAGACAGAAUGCAAAUAGUCCUGACUGUCUCUGAGUUUUUCAGUACCACGUGGCAGGAGGCGAACUGUGCAAAUUGCUUAACGAACGACAGUGAAGCUUUGUCAAAUAAUACCGAGUAUUUCCUCAGUCUGUUUAACAAGACUCUGGCCUGCUUUGAACACAACCUUCAGGGGCGCGCAUACAAUCUUCUCUCACCAAAAAAUUACUCCGAAGUGUGUAAAAACUGCAAUGGUGCAUACAAAAAUCUGAGCACCCUGUACAAUGAGCUGCAGAAAAUGAACGGGCUUGAGAAUAAGGCCGAACCGGGCACGCACUUGUGCAUUGAUGUGGAAGAUGCAAUGAACAUCACCCGAAAGCUCUGGAGUCGGACCUUCAACUGUUCGGUCAGCUACAGUGACACGGUGUCCGUAGUCGCUGUCUCUGUGUUCAUCCUCUUUCUGCCCGUUGUCUUCUACCUUAGUAGCUUCCUUCACUCGGAACAAAAGAAACGCAAACUCAUUCUACCCAAACGUCUCAAGUCAAGUACCAGUUUUGCCAACAUUCAAGAAAAUUCCACCUGAAACCUGCAAGACGGGGACUCGACCUCACAUGGCGUGAGUGGGUGGUUGGACCACCGUGUGGUCAGGAGACGAUGAACCAGGAUCUGACACAUCACCUUCUUAUGAAAUGCCAGCACUGCAUAUUUAUAAUUUAUUUUCCACCUUUCCUUUCCCUGCCCACCCAUUUGUAAAGAUUGCUGUAUUUUUAAUUUUCAGAUACAGUAAUGUUACAUAUCCUAAGGUGUAUGUGUUAGAGUAGCAAGCGACGACUUUGUUUUUGCGGGCAUAUGACUACUUGGCACUUCUGAUAUCUCCUCGUUGACAGAAAUACACAGAACCCAAGUCACUGGAGACUGCCAUAUAUACACAUUAGCCACUAUAGCUGACCCAGAUGGCAACUGGCCCAAGGAGUAACAUAAAUGACUUCCCAUUGCAGUAUUAUUGUUUAUGUAUAUAUAUAUAAAUAUUUAAUAUAUUAUAGAUUGAAAUAAUGUACUCUCUAGUUUCCCUGAAGUCAUUUUUGAAACCACUAAUUAUAAACCUCCUUAACAAUUUUCAGACGUGAUGAGCCACAUCAUACAUUUGUCUUUGUUAAAAGAUUUAUGGUAACUGGUUUUCUUACUUGACUUUUAUAAAUAGUAUUUUACAUCUUAUUUUUUCCUUUAUUUCAUAAGUAAUUUAAAAAUCACUGGACUGCUCUAUUAGCUUCAGGACAGGAUGGGUUUAUUUUAUGACAUGGAUUUACAUUGUGAAUUUCAUUAAAUUAUUUGGUGACUUGUAACUUAUUCUUUAAAUGAAAUGUAGUACAAGUGUGUCACACUGUAUUUAAAUUGUGUUUUUUAAUGAAAAUUUCAUCUUGGAAUAUUUGAAGAGUUGGGGAGAGGUGAAGGAGGAAUACCGGAGCCUAAAGUUCAGAGAAUGGACAGGGACCGAGGGGUGCUCACUGAGAAGCCUAAAGUUGAGGGAGCGGACAGGGAGGAGGGGGUGCUCACUGAGAAGCCUAAAGUUGAGGGAACGGACAGGGAGGAGGGGGUGCUCACUGAGAAGCCUAAAGUUGAGGGAGCAGAUGGGGGGGGGGGUGUGCUCACUGAGCAGGCACUGCAGUUUAUGUGGGAGGUGAGCCAGAUGACAGUCUCACACCGGAAGCUCUCCAGUCAAGGGGAUGUCCCCUCCGAUUACGUAAAGGAUGGAAGCGGUAUAACGGAAAUGAAAUUACACAUCUCCCUGUCAGGAAACAAGGUCUGCUGUGGAAUAUUUCCAUUAACUUUUCAAACAAUGCUUUGCUUCAGUAUCAUUCGGUUUUAUUUCUUGGGAUAUAAGAGCUGAUGAUCUUGCUUGUUAAUUCUGUUUCUGGGUGGGGACAGGUUGUAAAUUUGGAGGCUCCCCUGGCUGACGGCUGAGUCUGAAGGCCCUUCCAGACUGUGGUACACUCUAGGAGGAGACGGGAGUGUUUCGUGGUUUCUGUUUUACCGCACGUGCAGCGUGUUCUCGAGAGCAGGCUCAUCCUACGAUGCUGUCCAGCUUUUCUCACCAGCCGGGACGCGCUCCGGUGUGCUGCUGCCGUUUGUUGUGCUGUCACUGUUCCUGCUGCUGUUACUAAGGACGCUGUCUGGAUUGGAAGCCCGUGGCUGAGGGCCAUUGAAGGCAAUCUUCAUUAAUGCAGACAAAACCAGUUUACAUGUUAGCAAGGUGACACAUUUGAAGGGUGAGUAGUGGCUCCUUGGGCACCUUUCAGUGCUGUGUGCAAACCAUCUCUUUUGGAUAAAAAGCUAACGAGCACUUCAGCAAGGUCUUCGCUCGCUGUAAGCUGCAUUAGAAAUAGAUUUGAAAAACAUAUGUUAAGUGUUCUGAAGUGCAUAAGAAUUUCAUCUUAUGGUCGUGAAAAAUGUACACACAGGGCUAUGUAUAUGAUGAGAAAACCUUUUUCCUUAUGCUUUACAAUAAAGAAAAUGCCAAGGAAA